AAUCUGUCAAAUCAUGUUUCUAUUUAAGUCUAGUGUUUUGCACAAGUUUCUGUAAGGGUUGUGUAAAAUAUGAAUUUUGAACUUGAUAAAAAAGUGGAAGUCUGCAAUGUCCUGAGCUUACUAAUAUAGUGAAACAAAUGUGUUUGUCAAUUAGGCUUUUUUUUUGAUGUGCUGAGUCAGGAUGGCAGCUAAAAAAAGAAAGUUAGAUAUUAGGAGCUACUUUAAAACAAAUACAACUGAGGUGACAGAAACAGUCCUGCUAGGUAGUUGCUCAGGAAGAGAGGCAAGUGGAGAGGCAGGGUCACAGGUGACAGAAACAGUCCUGCUAGGUAGUAGCUCAGGAAGAGAGGCAAGUGGAGAGGCAGGGUCACAGGAUGCUGAUCCAUCUGUAGACAGCAAUAGACAGAGUAACUGUGAAAGUGACGACAUCGAAGAACAGAGUGACAACAAUGAAGAACAGUGUAGAACUGGAGAUAUUCUGGACUUUGACAUCAAGCCAAACCAACCUCACCCCAAGAACAUUGCAGUUCAAAAGCUGUCAAAUAGGGUCCUCCAUUUUCAGGAAAAUUGGUACAAGCAGUAUCCAUGGCUUCACUAUAGCCCCACUGUGAAGGGAAUUCUCUGUUUUUACUGUGUGAAAACAUACACAAUAAAGAAAAAUACACUGUCCAAAAAAGCAGACCCUGCGUUUUCCUCUAAGGGAUUUAGUAACUGGAAGAAUGCUCUUGUUAGCUUUGAAUGCCACCAGAAUAGCAAAUCGCAUCAUCAUGCAGUCACAGUUAGUGCUCAAGAAGCAAACCCAGUAGAUUCACAACUCUCAAGUGCCUGGGCAAAGCAAUAA